UCUGGCACGAGACGAGCGCAGUCGCGGAGCCCCGUUCGCGCGCCGCCCGGGACCUUGCCCAGGUGACACACAACCAUAAUAUUUACAUCCGCGGAGGCUGCCCAGGUCACAGUGCUGCCCCGCGAAGGAUUCGUCGGAACACCGGCAGAGGCCAAAGCCGAGGGAGGAGCUGCCUCUCCGAUGAACUGGGUCUAGCCAGUGGUGUUGCGAGUGGUGCCAGCGGCCCCCCCACGGCGCAGCUGUAAGCCUCCCCAUGCUUACCCUACGGUUGGUGUCCACGCACUUCCUGAAGCAGCCGUAGUUGGUCAAGAUGUGCCUCGACCGUGACAUGAACCCGUAGACGGACCACCAGCGCUCCUCGGACUCGGCCUGGACUUCCCCUUCACUGGCGACUCGAAUCACUAGAAUAAGAGACUUGUGCCGAACGCGCGGCGGCCCUUUCGUUGAAACCAAAGACACUUGUGAGACUCCCCAGCAACGCGAAGAGCGCGAAGAGCGCGGGCGAUGUGUAGUGAUAGUGUGUAGAGUGAAUCACCGAACAGCCUGCAGUGCUGCGACGCGUGUCUGGCGGGGACUUGAUCCAAGACCUCGACGCAGUCGACGCACGCCAAGACCUCCCCUUCGUCCACCCUGUGGAACAUAGCAAAGGAGUGCCUGUGCGGCUGGCGCGCGGAGAGCGACGACGACUGUUGCGUGGGAGCCAUGCGACGCCCCACCCUGUGCGGAGAUGUUCGCGCCGUGGACCCGGACGCCGACGAUGUGGCGUGCCUGCACCGGGAGGCAUCCAGGACGACGUCCAGGACGACGUCGAGGUCCACGUCGGACAGGGGAUCAUCGUACGGCCAGCCCCAGGACGUCUCGGGGCAGGGCUUGCAGGGCUUGCAGGGCCACCCUCACCGGCAGGGCCUCGGCCGGCUGUCCAGGGUGAAGCGACUCAUCACGGACUCGCUGCUCGGUGGGCGCGGAGGGCGCGGGGCCAGCGUGGCGGCCGGGCCGGCCGCCAGCAAGGCCAGCAAGGCCAACAAGCAGUUCGGCAUCCCGCUGUGCGACGUGGCCCUCACCAAGGACGGCGUGCCCGUGGUCGUGGCCAAGAUCUGCAGCUACCUGGAGAACCACGGGCUGCAGUCCGAAGGCUUGUUCCAAUCCUCCUCUGCGAAUCACCGACUUGCCGAUGGGCUGCGUGCCUCCUUGGACCUGGAAGGGUCCGGUGACGUUUUCUCCACUGCCCUGCUGCUGCUGAUGUGGCUCAAGGAGCUUCCUGAACCUAUCGUUUGGGGCCAUGUUGCUGCAGAGCUUUUGUCUGUGCAUGACAAAGUGUCUGAAGAAUCAGUAGGAACGUGGCGUCAGGCGAUACGUUUAGUGCUUUGCACUUUACCUGAAACAAAUUUAAGACUUCUCCGAUACAUCUUACGUUUCUUGCACCGCUACAACCAGCACCAACAGCAACGCACUUCCAAAAACGGACCACAAUCAAUGUUGAGUCACCUUGGCUCAAUAUUUGCCCCAUUAUUGUUACUCAGAGGGUUUGAAUACUAUGGUGCUGAACAGCUAUCAAGAGCAAGUAUUUUAACUUCACGAUUGAUUCAAGAUCAUGCAUCAGUCUUUCAUCAAUGGAUUUUAGAUCAUCCAAAUGAAGUACCUUCCAAACCAAAUGACAAAUCUCCCAUGUUUUUUAAGAAAAAUAAUCUUGGAGAAAUUUCAAGGAUGAAUGUAGAAGAUACUGAAAAUGCAAGCUCGAGUCAGCAUAGGAAGCGAAAGGAGAGGAAUGAAAGUGCCAAUUCAAAUCAGAGCCAUGACCGUAAAGUUAUAAGAUCAAGCUCAGCAGAACGUCACAUUGAAUUAACAUUUGCUGACAAGACCAAUGAAAGCAUUCGUCGUGUAAGCAGCCAUGAGGACUUCAGUCGGGUAAAGCAGAAGAUGAAAGCAUCAACAUGCAAUAAAGCCAAAUUUACAACAGUCGUGGAGCUCUCCGACCAGCCGCCAGCUGUUCACUUGCCACUUCAUGAAUGUAACCACAUUGACUCACCAAUUGCAACCAAAGAUGUCAACAUAUCUACUCAAAUCCCUGUACAAGAUUCUGGCCUAACACAAAAAGAAAAUGAGUUGCUCCGAGAUCAGCCAUAUUCAAUCAAAGCACGAGAUCGUUACCCUGCUGAGAUACAUGAAGAUGAACACGAGAAGAGGCGAAGCUGUGAGCGUUUCUCUCGUUCUCUUUUACCUCCAAGAUCUGUUGCUAGACGUAAUGUAGGGCGGAAGAAAAGAACUCACCAUUCUUCCAGUACACUUACUGUGGUCAGCAAUAAAUCUGUUAAAGAUCAAGAUGACAAGGACUUAUUCAAAAUAUCUUCAAAUAAACCUGACACCACUGUAACACAACAUCCUCCUGACUUGCCCGAUCAAAAUUCUCUCUCAUCUGAAGAACAAGAUGAUGAUUUGGAGCCAGCAGCAGAAAUAGAUUCACUAUCAGAUGAAUCCCGUCCAGGAUCAAGUCACUCAUUUCUUCAACUACACCCUCCUGAAAGGGAAAGGUCUCCUUCACCAUCCAUCAGUCCAUGCACACCGCCCUUAGAUUUGACCACUCUUCACCAGUCAGUUGAUAGCAGUGAACCUGUGGCCAGUCGAGUUGGGUGGGACUAUGUGAGACCUCAACAUCAGGAGGAAGAUGCUGGGCGAGGAAUUCUUCUUUCACCCCGAAACUCAAUGAUUCUUUCUCGUCGUGUUUUUAUGGACCAUAACAUUCCUCCAUCACCGCCAGGGGACCACCAUGGAUCUUGUCUAGUGAACCCUGCUUUAGAUGUUGAAAAUGUAAUUAAAAAAAUGAACAAACAGAUUGCAAGCAUUAAGAAAAAAUUAAAACGCUAUGAAGAAGGCUUUGAGAGGGAAUUGGGUUACCGGCCAUCCCAGUCUGACAAAAUGGCCAACAAGGACAUUAAAAAGUUGUGCACGGAUUUGAGUCAUAUUCGCAAGGAGCUAAAGGAGAUAAAGGAAAACCCUCUCUCUGCAAUGAAUACUCAAUCAGAAGCUAGAUCUAUUCACCAUUGCGUCUCUGGUUUAGAUGGUUCAACUGGGCUAGCAUAUUUCAGCGGUAUUGAAGACACUGUAGCAGAAGUUGAGCGCCGUUUGAAAGAAAAGCGACGUAUUGGUGGACGCCCAGAAUCUAUAGAUGACAUGUCGCCUGAAGAACAUGCUGCAGAGAAACUGGCCAUGCAGAAAGCACUUUUGUUGUUGGAAAAAAUUUGUGGAAGAGCAAGUAGCAAACAAGACAGGGAGAUUGUGCGACCUUUAUAUGAUCGUUAUCGUACUUUAAAAAGAAUUGUAGCUCGAGCAGGAUCAUCAAAGCUGAAGGAUAGCAUCAAUGAGUUGGAAACAAUCCAUGAACAUGAAGCAAUGGACUUCACUCCAUCAACUUCUUUCUCUAUAAUGGGAGAUGGUAGUGCAGAUAUGAUGCUGCCUGUAGUAUCAGUUGGUUCUAUUGUAACCAAUGCAAGUUCCUCUUCACCUGCCAUUGGGUUACAAAACCAGCCGAGCAUGGAGGAGACAAGUGACAGCCAGACCAGUUCCUCUGAUUCGUUGGGAGAAAAUUUACAUGCACUUCCUCUGUCAGAUCUGGUUUUGCAACUGACUCAAACUCGUGAGGAAAAGAAAAAGUUGAGACGUCUUCUACGUGAGCAGGAAGAACAUUUUCAACUGCAGACUGGGCGCCGCAUGCAGCGUGAAGACAGAGUGGCUCUCCCUGGUGAUGCUGGAGCUGCCAAAGAUUUUGCAACCAUAUAUUCAUCAUACAAACAAACUAAAGCUAAGCUUAGACUCUUGGAGGCAUUGGUAGCCAAGCAAAGGUAAUCUUAAUGUGACACUGAAUGAUUGCACACUGAAAAUUAACGUGUGUACUGAGUACCACUCUAUUUUUCAGUGCAGGAUGUACCUUAUACCUUUUUCUUGUGUGUCUGUGAGUGUAUGUAAAAGAGGGUGGGAAAAAGAGGGGGGGGGGAUGUUUGAUGGGAUGGAAGAAUCUCCAAGUGUCCCUUUCUUUUUUCUCUAUCACAUAUGUAUAUGAGCUAUUUGAUAUAAAAAUAUUUCUUUGUCUUCAUUUUGAAGCAUGUUUGAAUGUGGUUUUCAGCAAUUUGACUGUGCCGCUUUUCCUUAUUUCUUUUGUUUUUGUGAUAUUUCCUCUUCCACAUAUUUAUAUAGUUAUGCUGCUUAGCUAUUAACUAGAUUAAGAGAACGGCAGGAUGUGUAGUGUGUGAAAUCAAAUAUUUUAUGCAAAAUUUGAAUCUUGUACAUGGAUUGAUUUAGAAAGCGACACAUCCCCAAGAAUCAAAAGAUUCUGUGUUUUUGUUUGCACUCGAAUCCUUGAGUCCCUGUUCUGUUACACAUUCUACAGUACAGUGCACUCAGUCCGUUUUUUCUUUCUUUUUUUUUUCCUGUAUAGAAAUGUAGUUUCAUUUGUUGUGAAGCUCACCGAAGAAUGAGGUGUCCAACUAGACUGGUUCAAUCAAAAGAAAAUGAGUGUAGAAUGUUUAUGUCCUUGUGGAGGAAGCGAAUUUGAAGACACACAAUUAUCAAUUAGUUGUUGCUGUCUCUUAAAUUGUAUGCAUGUGUGACUAUGAAAUGGGAAGGGAAGCUAAGAAAGAAAGUACUGCAGAACAUCAAUGAUAGUGCAAAUAUUUUAAUAGAGACUGAGCUUACCAGUACAAUUUACAAUUGUAAAUGUUUAUUCUUUAAGCACAAAACACAGUAGUGACCAAAUCAUAUUAAUUCAUAAAUGUCCAUAAAGAUACAUUUUAAAAUUGAAAAAUGUGCAUACGUCAUUAUCAAGAGAGCAUUUUAUCAAGUACAUUAUCUCUGCUCUCACAAUCUAUAUGAUUUGAACUGUGUUUGUAUAUUUUGUUUAAUGUCAAAAGUUAAGGACCAAUGGUCUUAAUUAAAUGGGCAAAGGUGUUGAAAUCAUAGAUGGCUAUAUUCUGGGACAAGCCUCAGUUUGUUCCACAGUAGCGUUUAGAGUAAGACAUGCAAUCUAUUUUAAAUUCAUAUUUAAAUUGAUGUUAUCAUAUGUUACUGUACAUGCAUAGCAAGUUAAAACCUGUGGUUAUUCAUUGUAAGCUCCCAAACAAGAUUUAGUGUUUGCGGAGCAAAAAUUUCAAAUUGUAGCUUGUUUGAAUUUUAGUUAAUUGUGUUACUAGUCACUGAUGGAAGUCUUUUGUUGCAAUGCAAUUUUCGUCUCUAGCAAAAGUCAAUGGAGCUAGUGCUUUUGAUUUUAUUGUGUGUAUUCAGAAUUUUUUCUGCUUGACCUUUGAGGGUAAGCAGAAAUUGUGAACUGCAAAUAACAGGCAGUUUUGUAUCUAUGUAAAUAUUUUAAAUUAAUAUGUUGUCUGUGUUGUCUUCUGCAAGUAUAAAUACACUGGAGUAACAAGCACCUGUAAUUAUUGUUGUUAAUUGGUCACUUUUGUUUCAAAAUAUGAAGUGUGUCUGGAAUGCUUUCUUCAUAGCUUUAGAAUGUUUAUCUACUGUUGUUUAUCUGUGAUGGAAGUAGUGGACGAAAUACUUGGUUGGCUGAAGCCUGAAUUCGCAUUUAACUGUAGUAAGUAUUUGUAUAUACUCUGAGGUCUGCUUUGACUUGCUUUUUACAUGAUAAUACGUCCUGUAAUUUCCAAUAGCAGCCAUGUACCAGCCAAGAAAAAGAGAAAAAGAGUGCAGAAUUCUGAAAAUUUACAGUGUGUCAGGCCUUUAACAAUUUUAUACUACAUAAAACUGCCAACUGCCAAAUUGAAAGCAAUCCUAUGUUUUAAAACUCAGCGGGGGUCUUUUGUUUAAAUAAAUAGGAGGAAAAAAGA